AAUUCCUCCUCCGAAGCUCCCUCUCCCAAUCGCGAAUUCUCCAGCUCCAGCUCUGAUUCCGACUCCGACUUCGCUGCGUAUCCGAAGUACGAUUCGUACGGAGACGGCGGAGGAAGAGUAGCAGGAGGAGGAGGAGAGUUUGCGCCGGUGGCAAGGUCGUGGAUAACGUCGUCGCCGCCGCAGCCGAGGUCUUCGUCGGCGUGGGACUUUUUGAAUUUCUUCGACGCGACUCCGUACGAGCGGUACGAUUUCGUCGAGAAGGAGAAGGGAGAGGAAGGACCGAGCAAAAAUCAGGUCAAGGAAGUGAAAUCGAGUCGGAAUCGCCCGGAUCCGACUCGGAAGGAAGCAAAAUCGACUGCCGGGAAGAAGAAUCGGCCGGAGCCGGAGGGGAAGACCAAUGUUGAAGCAGAGAAGAAAAAGAAGGAUUGUUGUCCGAAACACGGCAAUUCUGUCGACGAGAAGGUCGAAUCCGGAGAGGAAAAGAAGGAAAGUGCGGCGAAGUUGAUGAAA